UCCUUAAAGGCCAUUAUGCUGUUCCGUACUCUAAAUAUUGCCAAUGUGACAGAGAAGGCUAUGUGUCACCUUUAUGUGGUGGUAGAUGGAUCAAGAACUAUGGAGGACCAAGAUUUAAAACCUAACAGGCUUACUUGUACCUUAAAGUUAUUGGAAUAUUUUGUUGAAGAAUACUUUGACCAAAAUCCUAUUAGUCAGAUUGGUAUAAUUGUAACUAAGAGUAAAAGAGCUGAAAAGCUGACAGAACUUUCAGGAAACCCAAGAAAGCAUACAACUGCUCUGAAGAAAGCUGUAGAUCUGAGCUGCCAUGGAGAACCAUCUCUGUAUAACUCUUUAAAUUUGGCCAUGCAGACUUUAAAGCACAUGCCAGGACAUACAAGCAGAGAGGUUUUGAUUAUCUUCAGUAGCCUGACAACGUGUGAUCCAUCUAAUAUCUAUGAUCUAAUUAAGUGUUUAAAGGCAGUUAAGAUCAGAGUAUCUGUCAUCGGCCUAUUUGCUGAAGUUCGAGUUUGUACUGUACUUGCCCAAGAAACGGGUGGAACAUACCAUGUAAUUUUAGAUGAAAGCCACUAUAAGGAGCUGCUGAUGCAUCAUAUUAGCCCUCCACCUGCCAGUUCAAGUUCUGAAUGCUCCCUUAUUCGAAUGGGGUUUCCUCAGCAUACCAUUGCGUGUCUCUCUGAUCAGGAUGCUAAACCAUCAUUUAGCAUGGCGCACUUGGAAAACAACAGUGAUCCAGGUCUCACGCUGGGUGGAUAUUUCUGUCCCCAGUGUAGAGCCAAAUACUGUGAACUCCUUGUGGAAUGCAAAAUCUGUAGUCUUACAUUAGUCUCUGCACCCCAUCUGGCUCGGUCUUACCAUCACCUGUUUCCUUUGGAUGCCUUUCAAGAAGUUACACUGGAAGAAUAUAAAGGAGAACGCUAUUGUCAAGGCUGCCAAGGGGAGAUUAAAGAUCAACAUGUUUACAUUUGUAAAGUCUGCCAGAAUGUAUUUUGUAUGGAAUGUGACUUAUUUGUUCAUGAGUCUCUGCACUGCUGUCCUGGCUGCAUUCACAAGGAUCCUGCUCCUCUGGGUGUAUGAUACCAGGUGUUUGUAGAGAUUGUCCAACCUGUUUCAUUCUUGCACAAAGAGUCAAAUUAGACUAUUCAACCACAGACUUCAGUAAGGCAACUCAAAAAUGGGAAGAAAUACCUAGAUGAAUGCGGUAACAAACACACUUUAGUUAACGUAUAGAAUUGGAAUAUUUAAAUUCUCACGGUUAAUGUUUAUAAAAAUAUCUGCAUCAUCUGAUUCAUUUCCCUAACUUGUUUUGAAAGCCUUUGACUUAUUUGAGAGUCAUGCUAAAUAAAUGUGUAAAUCUGCAAGUGUGUGGAAAAGUGAUAAAAAUGGAUUUGUAUGCUAAAACUGUGAUUCAUGUUUGUUUCAUUACUUGUAAAAAAACAAAAACCAAAACCUAUCAAAUAUAUUAUACUUAAACAUG